CUGAACCUUGAUGUGAGCGGAGGGACGGUAACUUGGUUUCUGACUUUCCAGCUUCCUGCCCUCAGAUUUCAUAUGGAUGCUUUUGAAGGAAUUCACUCCGUCAACAUUUCAUCCUCUCCACCGCAAGUGACCUUAUCCAGUCCAUCAUACGAAAUCCUUGCAACAGGGCGGCCGGGAAUAGCCGUGUACUCCUCUCCUGCCUUCUUCGGCUCAGCAGGAGUGGUGGUGUCAGAGAGAUGUCCUUCUGGCAGGGAGGAGGGAGGCUGCAAGGUGGGAAGGUUGGUAGACCUGGAUUCGGACCUGGAGUCCAGUGUGGAGGGCGAGGACUUGGCCGGGCCGACCUCUGGGCCAGCAAAUGGCGAACUCUUCCAUCUCCGCAGAUCAUCGCUGGAAGUCAGAGAAAAAGAAAUCAGAGAAAAGAGCUCUGAGAUCCUGAGGGAACAGCUGGAUGCCGCACAGCGGGAACUGAAACUUAAAGACAAGGAGUGUGAGCGUUUGUCGCAGGUCAGGAAUCAGCUGGAGCAAGAACUGGAGGAGCUGACUGCUAGUCUUUUUGAGGAAGCUCACAAGAUGGUCCAUGAAGCCAACGUCAAACAGGCGGCAGCAGAGAAGCAGCUGAAAGAGGCGCAGGGGAAGAUUGAUGUUCUGCAGGCUGAAGUGACAGCCCUCAAAACCCUGGUGUUGACCUCAACGCCGUCUUCACCAAAUCGGCAGCUGCACCCGCAGCUACUAUCUUCAGGUACCAGAGGUUCACACAAAAAUCACGUUCGCAACAAAAGCACCAGCGGCAGCUUCGCAUCGUCACCGGCAAAACAAGAGCCCGGCCUGGUGUCUGCUCCCAAAGAGGACAGAGAGCCUGCUGUACCUGCUCUCCUCUCUCUGAUUCUUUGCUUGAUCCCUGGCCAGUCUCUCAGGGUCAGCGAUGACCCUUACUGGCUAGAGCAGGGGGAGGGGAUAUGCUCUGACCCCAGACAGAUGGACUCCGUACUGUACGCAGAGUUCCUAAUGUGGAAGGAACGUCCGAGUCUGGAUCGCACCUCGGCCUUCAUCAGUCGGAUCUACAGAGAAGAUAUCGGACCCUGCCUGACCUUCACUCGCUCUGAGCUCUCCCACCUGGUGCAGAGCGCAGUGGAGAGCAACUCCCUGACCGUCGAACCGGUGGCGUUGUCUGCCCUGCCAAUGGUGAAAGCCUCAGCGGUCGAAUGUGGCGGUCCAAAUGGCUGUAGGGCGGCAGUAGAGACAAAAUGUGCGUUAAGCGGCAUGUCUCAGCUGUGCAGACAUCGCAUCAAGCUAGGAGACAAGGGGAACUACUACUACAUCUCCCCCUCCAGUCGAGCGCGGAUCACUGCGGUGUGUAAUUUCUUCACUUACAUGCGCUACAUCCAGCAGGGACUGGUGAGACACGACGCUGAGCAGAUGUUCUGGGAGGUGAUGCGUCUGCGGCGGGAGAUGACUGUCGCCAAGCUAGGGUUCUACCUCACCGACCAGGGAUAGAAGAGGCUGAUCCAGUCCAGGUUCACCUGUGGUAACCUCUUUAUGUAGCAGGUUGGAGAGAGUGGUGUCACUCUCCACUUACACAUGGCAAUACAAGUCAAAACAGGGCCAAAUUCAGAUGAUGUACCAAAUAUGAACCACUGCAGUGCACCUCCUUUUGUGACGUUCUGUCUCACCACGGCUGAAGCUUUAGGUGCAACCAUGUAGUGUUCUGUAGGUGACAGUCACAUAGCAUCACUUUUUGUGCCAAUAAAACCCUCUUUCUGACCACAGUAUCGGGGGUGACUUUACAGUGAUGAAAAGUCAUGUGUUGUGGUCCUCACAGGGUUGUAAACAUGGCACCACUGUGGCCUUACCGGCUCCACCGGAGCUGUAGCUGCAUUUUGUCACCAGCUGUUGCAUGAAACCGCUCAGAUUAUCAAAGGUGCCGACUCACUGUGCUUCACUCAAGAUGCUGUGCCUCCAGACCCACUCUGUGUACCUCACAGUUCAGUGCUAAUCAUGAAAAUGUAUUCUGAAGGUGAUGAUGAUGAAUCAUGUCCACAAGUGCAAUACUCACUUCUCAGCCUGAACAAGACUCCACUGUCGACACUCCAAAUAAAGUCCAGGCCUGCAAACGUCA